ACACGUGCGGGGGAGAAGCAUGAACGGGAAGCCGAAGCGGCGGCCGCUUCUGGCCGGGUCUCUGUCUCCGCCGCUGCCGGGGAAAGCCGCCAAGAAGCGCGUGAAGCGGGAGAUCUGUGCAGAGUUCUCUGCCGCCGUCAAGGAGCCGGCCUUGAAGGAGAAAGUGGCCGCGGCUUGGGCCAGCCAGGAGCCGCUCGAGCAUGAGGCCAUCUCUCUAGAUCCUGCUCCUUUCCCCCACUGUGUUAUCCCAGAUUUCAUCCGCAACGAGGACUUCCUGGAGGAGCUGCGGAGGGAACUCCUGAGCCUAGAUUUCCAUGAAAAGUGUAAUGAUCUAUACAAGUUCAAACAGUCAGAUGACCUAAAGAAGAGAGGAGGGCCUCACGUAGCGGCAUUAAGAAAAAUUCUUUUUGAAGAAUUCCGGUCUUGGCUUUCUGAUGUGAUCCAGGUAGAGCUGGAACCAACCAUUGAUCUGUCUUGCGCUAAAUAUGAAUAUACAGAUACCCUGCUGUGUCAUGAUGAUGAGCUGGAGGGCCGGAGAAUCGCAUUCAUCCUUUAUCUUGUAACCCCCUGGGAAAAGCAGGAUGGGGGCACUUUGGAUCUCUUCUGCACAGAUGAUCAUUUCCAGCCUUUGCAGAUUGUCAAGUCUUUGGUCCCUUCCUGGAACUCACUCGCUUUCUUUGAAGUAUCACCAGUCUCCUUCCACCAGGUAUCUGAAGUCAUUUCCAAAGAGAAAUGCCGCUUGUCGGUGAGCGGCUGGUUUCACGGCCCCUCCAUUGCAAGACCGCCACGUCAUGUGGAGCCACAGAUUCCACGAAGCCCCCACAUCCCUCGUGAUCACGAAAUCUUGUACGAUUGGAUCAAUCCAGUUUAUUUGGACAUGGAUUCCCAAGCGCAGAUCCAGGAAGAAUUUGAAGAUCGAUCUGAGAUGUUGCUGAAAGACUUUCUCAAGACAGACAAGUAUCAGCUAGUUUGCAAAGCCCUGAAGACGGAAGGACUCACCUGGAGCAUUAGAGGGCCUCCUAACAAAAGGCAUUACGAGAAAGCAGAGGAGAAAAGCUUGCCGGCCCCUUUAAAAGAGUGUUUGGAGCUCUUCCAAGCUGAGGCCUUCUUCUUGCUCCUUUCCAAUUUCACGGGCCUGAAACUGCAUUUUUUAGCCCCAGAGGAGGAAGAGGAAGGAGGAGGAGAGGUUCCUGAAAGCUCACAAGGACCCAGCAGUCAAGAGGAAGCUGGCAACGCAGACGGUACAGAGGCGCCAGGGAGCAUCUCCAGAAAUGAAGACAGCCAAGGGAAUGUGUUAUGUGGCCACCCCAAAAGCCCAGAAUCCCUGGUCUUUUCUCCCUCAGGCGUCCCUCUGUGCUCUGGAGAACUGAGACGCUGGAGAAAAGGAUGCUACACACUGAUCCAUGAUGCCCAAAGAGCCGAGUUUGCCCUGGAUUUGCUGCUCUUCUGCGGGUGUGAAGGCUGGGACGUCGAAUCGGGAGGCUUCACUUCAUACAUUGCCAAAGGUGAAGAUGAAGAGCUGCUGACAGUUAAUCCAGAGGCCAAUUGCUUGGCUUUAGUUUACAGAGAUCGAGAGACACUGAAGUUUGUGAAGUAUGUUAAUCAGCGUAGUUUGGAGCAGAUGCCUGACCCAAAAGAGUUCUGGGACUUCUCCUUUGUUUACUAUGAAUGAGAAAUGGAGCCAGCCAGUGACGGCCAGCCAUUUCUCCUAGUUCAAUACUCAAAAGGAGAGUUUUUAUCCUUUCUUACAAAGAAAGAUCCUGUUGCACCGUCUGCUUUACUCUGAUGCUCCUGGCAAAACCCCACUCCUUUUCUGGGGCCCUUUUGGAAAUUGAACCUUGAAUCUGGGAGGCCCACAAAACUUCCACAAUGCGCGAAUACCACAUCGUUUGGACUGAGGCUGGACUUUGGUUAUGGCUCAUCCUAAGCAGCCUCAGAAAACACAGUAACCUUGGAAGAAGCCAAAACUUUCCAAAGCCAAAACUGUUCUCCAAAACUUUUCUGUUUCUCACAGACCACAGAAGAAAGGUGUUUCCUAUUGGUCUAAUUAUGUGGUAUUUUGCAGCUUGGGUUAAUAAUUGCGGAAUAUGGUUAUGGUUUGUUGAGUAAACCUCUACUGGUUUGGGAUUCAUGGAGCUUGUUAAACCGUAAGUCAAGCCAGCCUUUGAAAUGUGUAAGCCGUGACGGAUUGCUGUCAGCUGCACCAAGGGCAGAAUCCUAACUCAA